GCAGAGGCGCUCGGGAGCCGGGCGGCUGGGCCAGGCGGCGCCUCGGGGGCUGCUGCGCGCCCGCGCCUAGAGCUGCCGCCCCAGGGAGCCCGCCACGGCCGCGCCCCGGGCACGCUCGGUGGCGCCCAACGAUGACCGCUCCCUGGCGGCGCCUCCGGAGUCUGGUUUGGGAAUACUGGGCCGGGUUCCUCGUGUGCGCCUUCUGGAUCCCAGACUCGCGCGGGAUGCCCCACGUCAUCCGGAUCGGCGGAAUCUUUGAGUACGCGGACGGCCCCAACGCCCAGGUCAUGAACGCUGAGGAGCACGCCUUUCGGUUUUCUGCCAAUAUCAUCAACAGGAACAGAACUCUGCUGCCCAACACGACCCUGACUUACGACAUUCAGAGGAUUCACUUCCAUGACAGUUUUGAGGCCACCAAGAAGGCCUGUGACCAGUUGGCGCUCGGUGUGGUAGCCAUCUUUGGGCCAUCCCAGGGCUCCUGCACCAAUGCCGUCCAGUCCAUCUGCAAUGCCUUGGAGGUUCCUCACAUCCAACUGCGCUGGAAGCACCACCCCCUGGACAACAAGGACACCUUCUACGUGAACCUCUACCCCGACUACGCCUCUCUCAGCCACGCCAUCCUCGACUUGGUCCAGUCCCUCAAGUGGCGGUCAGCCACCGUAGUCUAUGAUGACAGUACAGGUCUCAUCCGGCUGCAGGAGCUCAUCAUGGCUCCAUCUAGGUACAACAUCCGCCUGAAGAUUCGCCAGCUCCCCAUCGACUCCGAUGACUCACGCCCCUUGCUCAAAGAGAUGAAGCGGGGCCGGGAGUUCCGUAUCAUCUUUGACUGCAGUCACACCAUGGCAGCCCAGAUCCUCAAGCAGGCCAUGGCCAUGGGCAUGAUGACGGAAUACUACCACUUCAUCUUCACCACUCUGGAUCUCUAUGCGCUAGACCUGGAACCCUACCGCUACUCGGGAGUGAACCUGACUGGGUUCCGCAUACUCAACGUGGACAACCCCCAUGUCUCAGCCAUUGUGGAGAAGUGGUCCAUGGAGCGGCUACAGGCAGCUCCCCGGGCAGAGUCAGGCCUGCUGGAUGGAGUGAUGAUGACCGAUGCAGCCCUGCUCUACGAUGCGGUCCACAUUGUGUCUGUGUGCUACCAGCGAGCGCCGCAGAUGACUGUGAACUCCCUACAGUGCCAUCGGCACAAGGCCUGGCGCUUCGGUGGCCGCUUCAUGAACUUCAUCAAGGAGGCUCAAUGGGAAGGAUUAACUGGACGGAUUGUUUUCAACAAAACUAGUGGCUUGCGGACUGAUUUUGAUCUGGACAUCAUCAGCCUCAAGGAAGAUGGCCUCGAGAAGGUCGGGGUGUGGAGUCCAGCUGACGGUCUCAAUAUCACUGAGGUUGCCAAAGGCCGAGGUCCUAAUGUCACCGACUCUCUGACCAACAGGUCACUCAUCGUCACCACUCUGCUGGAGGAGCCUUUUGUCAUGUUCCGCAAGUCUGAUAGGACCCUUUACGGCAAUGACCGGUUCGAGGGCUACUGCAUCGACUUGCUCAAGGAGCUGGCGCACAUCCUGGGCUUCUCCUACGAGAUCCGGCUGGUGGAAGACGGCAAGUACGGGGCACAGGACGACAAGGGCCAGUGGAACGGCAUGGUCAAGGAACUCAUUGACCACAAAGCAGAUCUGGCUGUGGCUCCCCUGACCAUCACCCAUGUCCGAGAGAAGGCCAUUGACUUCUCUAAGCCUUUUAUGACCCUCGGAGUGAGCAUCUUAUAUCGAAAACCCAAUGGCACCAACCCCAGUGUCUUCUCCUUCCUCAACCCCCUGUCCCCAGACAUCUGGAUGUACGUGCUACUCGCCUACCUGGGUGUCAGCUGUGUCCUCUUCGUCAUUGCCAGAUUCAGCCCUUAUGAAUGGUAUGAUGCCCACCCCUGCAACCCCGGCUCUGAGGUGGUGGAGAAUAACUUCACGCUGCUCAACAGCUUCUGGUUUGGAAUGGGCUCCCUGAUGCAACAAGGAUCUGAACUGAUGCCCAAAGCUCUGUCUACCCGCAUCAUUGGCGGCAUCUGGUGGUUCUUCACCCUUAUUAUCAUCUCCUCCUACACGGCCAACCUGGCUGCCUUCCUGACCGUGGAGCGCAUGGAGUCACCCAUCGACUCUGCCGAUGACCUGGCCAAGCAGACCAAAAUAGAGUACGGUGCUGUCAAGGAUGGGGCCACCAUGACCUUCUUCAAGAAAUCCAAGAUCUCCACCUUUGAGAAGAUGUGGGCCUUCAUGAGCAGCAAGCCCUCGGCUCUGGUGAAGAACAAUGAGGAGGGCAUCCAGCGGACACUCACAGCUGACUACGCUCUGCUCAUGGAGUCCACGACCAUAGAGUACAUCACACAAAGGAACUGCAAUCUCACCCAGAUCGGCGGCCUCAUCGAUUCCAAGGGCUACGGCAUCGGCACGCCCAUGGGCUCCCCCUACAGGGACAAAAUCACCAUCGCCAUUCUGCAGCUGCAGGAGGAGGACAAGCUGCACAUCAUGAAGGAGAAGUGGUGGCGAGGCAGCGGGUGCCCCGAGGAGGAGAACAAGGAGGCCAGCGCACUGGGCAUCCAGAAGAUUGGCGGCAUCUUCAUCGUCCUGGCUGCCGGCUUAGUCCUGUCCGUGUUGGUGGCAGUGGGCGAGUUUAUAUACAAACUCCGCAAGACAGCGGAACGGGAGCAGGUGAGGCCCUGGAGGAGGCUGCGUUGGACAGGGAAGGAAGCGCUCUUUCUGCAGCACAGUGGCCGACGAGAUCCGCUUCUCCCUCACCUGCCAGCGGCGUCUCAAGCACAAGCCACAGCCUCCUAUGAUGGUCAAGACAGAUGCGGUUAUCAACAUGCACACCUUUAAUGACCGAAGGCUUCCAGGCAAGGACAGCAUGAGCUGCAGCACCUCGCUAGCCCCUGUCUUCCCUUAGACUUGGGUCCAGCGGGGACUUCAGGCCCGGUCCACGCAGAGGAAGGCAAAGGAGACCCGAAAGGACAUCCUCAUCUCAUGCUGGCCUUGGGGAUGGAGCUGCUGCCCGCAUCCGGCUGUGAACCAUCAGCUCUUACCUACCGGGGAAACCCAUGGGCCCUCAGCAGCUGCUUGGGCUUCAUCUCCUCUUGUCUUUUUUGUGGCUUUCUGAAGCUGUGAAGGCCAGCGGAAGCACACGCCUCUCAGGCUGCACUCACCGACCAUCUCCAUAGCCAGCUACUUCGGCCAGGGCUCUGCAGAGGCCUCGGAACACCAGAGAUAGCUCUUACACCUCCCUCCCUCCCCUCAAGUCCAGGCCUUCUAGCACGCACCCAUGAGAGCAGAGACUCCAGCUCAGAACGCCUUGAGGGUGUUCUGAGGAGGCCACCAGUGGGAGCCCCAAGGCAGCCAUCCAUACCUGGACAGAAGCAAAGCUUCAGCCCUUAAGGGCUAUUCACCUGGGUCUGCCCUCCCCAACGUGGCUUCGCCGACAGCAGCCCCUCGGCAACACGAAAAGAGGUGUGGGAAGGAGGGGGGUUGGCAUGGGAGAAGGGGACACUCGGACGGAGACUGCCGUCUCAGAUGCUUCGGGUCAGUGUCCCUGAGCCACGAGCGUUUAGAGAGUCCCCAGGAAUGCGAACGAAAGUCGUAGUCACAGCGAAUUC